UGGGCCUGCCAUAUAUGUAGUCUCAGAAAGAAAGGGAGGCUGUAUUUAAAUCCUUAUAAGCUUUCUAAAGUUGUGGUGAGAAGAGAUCAGACACAUGGGGAGCUGCUUCUCUUCUGCAUCUUUGAAGAAUCAGGCAUCUUUAGAGAGAAAGGAGUGUGAAGAGGAGAUACAAGUAUGUGUGGAGCGAGGUGAUGAUGGGUUGAGUCCUGAUGAGAAGAGGAGGAUUGCCUCCCUGUACUCUCAUCGAGGGAACAAAGGUCUGAACCAGGAUGCUGCCAUCCUUUGCAAGGGAUAUGGAACAGAGGAGGGGUUGUUUUGUGGGGUAUUUGAUGGCCAUGGAACAAGUGGGCAUACUGUGAGCAGGGUGGUCAGAGAUUACCUGCAUGCCUUGUUGCUUGGCGAACGCAACGCCCUCCUGCUCGCCCAGGAAGACGACGAAUUCACCGAUGGCACUGACACGAGCUCAACGGAUGGCGAGGAGGUGUUUGAUGAGUGGAAAGAGGCUUGCAUCAACGCCUUCAAAACCAUGGACGAAGAACUCAAGGUGAGGCCAAACUUAGAUUGCUCCUUCAGUGGAACCACAGCAGUCUCCGUCAUCAAGCAGGGGGAAGAUCUGAUCAUUGCCAACCUUGGGGACUCGAGGGCUGUCAUGGGAACCGUAUCAGAGGAGGGUCACCUCGAGGCGAUUCAGCUGACGACAGACCUGAAGCCCAGCGUACCUCGUAAGAACUUUGUUGUUUGUGAAGGUUGGAUGAUCCCAGUGAACGUUGUACUGAUCCGCUGUGGAUUCCACGAUGCAGAGGAAGCAGAGAGGAUAAGGAAGAGCAACGGGCGGGUGUUCGCGCUCGAGAGAGAGCCGCACAUCCAACGCGUGUGGUUGCCCGACGAGGACUUCCCCGGGCUCGCCAUGGCCCGCGCUCUCGGGGACUUCCAGCUUAAGAACUACGGCAUCAUCUCGGUCCCUCAGGUGGCUCAUCGCCGUGUGACGAGCAGAGAUCUGUUCAUAGUCCUCGCGACCGACGGGGUGAGAAGCUUGAUCACUGUUUUCUUUUCUCCGUGGUCUCUGUUUGAUGGAAGGCUUCGUGUGUUGAAGGUGUGGGAUGCGCUUAGCAACGAGGAGGUGGUGUCGAUUGUUUGGUCCGCCGAGACCAACGAGGAUGCAUCGAAGACGUUGGUGGAAGCAGCACGUAACGCGUGGAAGUCCAAGUUUCCGUCGGCAAAGGUAGAUGAUUGUACUGCUGCUUGCCUGUUCUUCCAAGAGGAAAGGCAGGAGUUAUUACUUCCAACAGUUCAAGACAAGUAAGCAGAUGAGAGAUCUUACUUGCUAUGAGUUACCAACACUACAAGCUUUAUAGAAAAUGUCAUGAUGGCAACACUUAUUACUACUUGCAACAGUUCAAGACAAGUAAUGCCUGAUCUCUUAAAUUGACUGCAAUGACAAU